UGCCCGUCCGCCUGCUACUGCGUGGCCACCCCGGAAUUGGUGCAGUGCCGCUACGAGAGCUUGGACGAACCCCCCCGGGAGCUGCCCACCUCAGUGCACAACCUGAGCAUCUCCGGCAGCAACCUGAGCGUGCUGCACCGCGCCGCCUUCGCCCCCCGCCCGCUGCCCGACCUCCGCCUGCUCCGCUUGCGCCACGACAACAUCCAAACCAUCGAGGACAUGGCCCUGCAGGGGCUGCCGGCCCUGCGGACCCUCCACCCCAACCACAACCCCUUGUCGCUGGGGUCCAACCCGCUGCAGUGCGACUGCGCCCUGCGCCCGCUGCUCACCUGGCUGCGCUCGUCCGCCGCCCGCGUGCCCGAUGCGAGGAGCCUGCAGUGCUCCAAACCGCCGUCGUUGCGCGGGACGGCGGUGCUGAGGUUGCGGCCCGAAGGGUUGGGUUGCUCGGCCGAUGAGGGAGGUGAGGCCGGACAGCUGGAGACAGCUUCUUACGUCUUCUUCGGCAUCGUUCUGGCCCUCAUCGGCAUCGUCUUCCUCAUGGUGCUCUACCUGAACCGCCGCGGCAUCAAGCGUUGGUUGCACAACCUGCGGGAAGCUUGCCGUGAUCAGAUGGAGGGCUACCACUACCGCUACGAGCAGGAUGCAGACCCACACCGUGCCAGCGCCGUCGGCACCCCCGGGCUCUGACAUCACCGGGCUCUGGUGGCACCCCGAGAUGCUCCUUCCAGCUGCCUCCAUCCCCAGCAUCCUCCUGAUCCCCAUCCCGUUGCCACGGUGCUGCUCCAGAGAUCCAAAGCGCGCGUUGGGCUGCAUCCAAGUGGGCAGCAUCAUCUCCUGGGGGGCUCCGGACCUGCUCGGCCCAGGCUCUGAUGGCAUCACGAUGUCCUCCCUCCAGCUGACUCCAUCCCCAGCGCCCUCCUGGUCCCCAUCCCAUUGCCACGGUGCAGCUCUGGAGGAAGAACUGGUCCUAGGGAUGCUGUGAGUGCUCCGUUGGGCUGCGUCCGAGCAGGCAGCAUCAUCCCUUGGGGCUCCAUCCCAUCUCUGGAUCCGUCCACUUGUCCCCAUGCAAGUGCUGGGAUCAGGGGCAAUCACGGGGACACCGUGGUGACGAGCCAGUCCCCAAACAUCACCCCAUCCCAGUUCCCUGCACUGCAGACACGAGUGUGAACUGCGCACAUCCCGGGGAGCAGCAGCCAUAUCUGAACCUGCCCUGGACAUUCCCGGAGCCCGGACUCGACUUUGACCAUGUACAGCUCUUUCCUAUUAGAUUUCUAUUUGACUAAUGCAAGAACUUUGCUCGAUUUCUCUUUUUUCCCCUUUUCGUUUCUCGCUCCGCUCUCCUCACGAACCGCUGAGCUCUCCCAGCCCCGACCUCCUCCCAGGCACAAAAGGACACAGCUAUGCAGGGAUCACCCCGCAGGUGCCUGCAUGUUCCCAGGGCACUGGGGCAGCUCCUUUGGCCUCAAACCCCUCUCCCAGCCCCGGAUGUCACAGCAUAUCAUCAUAAUGAACAAAGCCAAUGCUCCGGCUCUCAUGCACCUGCCCGUGUUUGCUUAGAACCGUGCCUGUUAUGAUAUCCUAGAGCAAAUAUACCAAAAGCCGCAUCCCUUGUAGCGUCUGCUUUCUAUAGAGUGGUUUCCAAAUGUCGUCUGGCUCAGGCAGUGCCAUUAUGGUUGGAUUUCCAAUCGCUCCCGGAGGUGCAGAGUUUUGUUGGGCUCAGAAACUCCUUUUGCCGGGGGGCAGCGGGGAGGCAGUGCAGCUCUGCAGGACUCGUGCAUGGAGCUCAGCCCUAAUUCCUCCCUGUGAGCAAGGCAGGGGCUCGGUAAUUCAUCCCAGUAGUGGGUUUCCGAAGUAAUUUGGGUUGCUCGAGCAUUUUUGUUCCAUCACUCAUGAGACACCUGUGCCUGCAGAGAAGCAGCAGGCAGAGCUGCAGGGCUGCCACUCGUGGCAAUUCCAAAUGAAUGUGUGACGUGGCACGGUGCCAAAGUUCAGUAAGGGCUGAAUUGGCUGCAUUUCAAUCCAUGGGGGUUUUCCUUUCUGUGUGCUUAGCCAGGGAGGGCUGAGGAUGGGGCUGCAUCCACGGUGCUUGGGUUUGGGAAGCUCAGAAGCACUGGGUUUGGAUUGCAAGGAGGUGCUUGGGUUUGGGAUGCUUGGAAGUUCCUGCUUUUGGGAUGCUUGGAGGUGCCUGGGUUUGGAAUGCUUGGAAAUGCCUGAGUUUGGGAUGCUCAGAGGUGCCUGGGUUUGGAAUGCUUGGAAAUGCCUGAGUUUGGGAUGCUCAGAGGUAUCUGGGUUGGGGAUGCUUGGAGCCUGAGGAUUGGGCUGCAUCCCUGGUGUCAGUGCCUGGGUUUGGGAUGUUUGGAGGUGCCUGGGUUUGGGAUGCUUGGAGCCUGAAGACUGGGCUGUGUCCCUGGUGCCAGUGCCUGGGUUUGGAUGUUUGGAGGUGCCUGGGCUUAGGAUACAAGAAGGUGCCUGGAUUUGGGAUGCACAGAGCCCUGGCUAGGUUUGGCAGGGAGCAGCUGUUACUCAGCAUGUCAGGUUGAUAAAUGAGGAAGGAAGCAG